GAGGAUGAAAAAGAAUGAAAGAGAAAAAUUCAGGUGAUAAAGUGGAUGUUAAGCAAACGGCAUGGAGGAACAAUGGGAACCUAUUUCACUUUACUGAAUGCUUUAGCAGAGGAUGACAGACUUUAAGAAGCUGAGGAGCUGUGGAUGAAAAUAUUUUCAGACAAUUUAGAAAGCACUCCUCGUGUUUUCUUUGAUAAAAUAAUUUCUAUUUAUUAUCACAGGGAAAUGCAUGAUAAGAUGUUUGAGGUAUUUGCUGACAUGGAGGAGCUUGGCGUCAAACCAGGUGUUUCAAUUGUUAAAAUGGUUGGAAAUGUCUUCCAAAAGUUGGGUAUGAUGGACAAAGGUGUCGGGAAGGAUAGGGAACCCGUGGAAUAUUCAGAUGAACUGAAUGAGGGAACUGAAGCAAGUCCAGACGAAGCUGAUGCUAAAGCUAUUACUUCUCCCUGAUCAUUUCAAAUCUCACCUAUUGGACUUGGUGAUCAGAUGCUUUUCUAUUUGCCAUAGAGAGGAAGGAAGGGUUGCUGUGGAAAGGAGGCAAGAUUCUUGUCAUGGGACAUAGGUUUGCCUUGACCAGAAGCAAGUGCGCUUUACUCUUUUGGCUAUCUGAUCAAGUUUUCGAUAAGCUGAUGAUUACAUACAUCUAAUAUUGGUAGGAACUAAGUACAUGAUGAUUUGCGACGUUUGAAUUUUGGGCACCAAGGGCUGAAACAAUUGUUGUCAUCCUGUUAUUGCUAUCAAUAGCACCUCCAAGAAUGAACUCUGGUUUCUUUGAUACAGUAAUUUGUUUCAAGGGUUAUCAAGGACACAUCCUGCAUGGCAUGUAUAUGAAUACAAGGAAUGGCAUUUU